AUGCCACUCGCCUUUAUUUCUUCACUAAUUUCGAUUGAAAUAAGUAAUCUCUCUGUUUUUCAACAUCUCAUUCAUGCUAUCGAACAAGAUUAUGAGGAAGCUUUCGUCCUUCAAACUUGCAUAAAUCUUUGUGGAAUACUAUCAUGCUCCAUACUUUCACCGGUUCCUUUUCAACAAGUUCCAUCCUCACCAACUAAAAGCUCAAGUUCAGUUCCGCAAAGUGUUCCACAGCAGUUCAACAAGUUUCCCCCCAAUCCCACAAAAAUAAAAAUCUCCCUAUUCUGGAAAAGAUUUUUUGAACGACAUGUCUGGUCUAAGCAAACAAGGCGGAUUUGGAAGAGCUAUAAAGAAUAUAAAAAGAACGCUGACCCCAAGUAUUGCCGUCUCAACUUGGCUGAGCAAGGACUUUAUGGACUUCCAUCGCUACCGUCGGAGCAUUUUCCUACCGUUGAAAUAAAAGAAAAUGAUCUCCCGCUACGUGGAAAAAUCUGUCUUUUAACAACCGUUGGUAGAAGAAAGGUGAGGUUCGUCCAACUGGCGACUUACGUUCGGAAAAUAUUUUGCGCACAACCACUCCGUCGUUUUGUGCAUGGAUUCUGCUUAUUCAAAAAUGAAAUGGAAUUCUGGCUGAUUGAUCGAACGGGUGCUUACAGUUCAGGCUUUAUAAGUAUUGAAGAUGACGAGAAAGUUUUGGUUCGUGCCAUCUGCUCAUAUUUACUGAUGAGUGACGAAGAACUGGGUCUCGAUACAACCAUUCGCCAAGUCAAUGGGCGGUCCGUGGUUACAAUUUGUGAUGGUGAGCCUGGAAAUAUGAGAGACAUUGAGAUCGACCCUAUUCCCAUUGUCCGAACACGAAAGCUGAUAUCACGUGGCACCGCUUGCUAUCGCUCACUAGACGAUAAAUUACUGAUCAAAUACGCUUGGCGCGAGAUUUUUGGAAAAACAGAAAUUGAAUGUCUAAAAGAUGCUCGCCCGGUCAACGGUGUCAUUAAUCUGGUAGCAUCAGAUAUCCUUCAUAGAUUUACUGACAAUUGGGAAAAUUUAAGAAGCUUGGGUCCUAAAAAAUGGCACCUGAAAGAAAGAAAGCGAUUACCAAGAGAACCGGAUGAUGCUGAGGAAGGGGAAUCAUACGUAUCAAUCGGGUUCCCUGAACAGGAACUAACAAGAGUCGUUCUUUCACCAUAUGGACGUCCACUUCGUGCUUGUAGAUCAGUAUUACAAUUUCUUACUGUCAUUCGAGAUGCAAUCAUGGGGCAUCAGCGUCUAUAUGUCGAGAAAAAUAUUAUCCAUGGCGAUAUCUGUGAAGGUAAUAUUAUUAUAGUAGCACCGACAGAAGAUGAUAGAUCAAGAGGGAUGCUGAUCGACUUGGAUAAUUCACUUGUGCUCGACGACAAUUUUGUAAAAGACAAAGUGCGACGUGCGGCGGGAACAGUAAAAUUCAUGGCGGUCGCACCGUUGAGGAACGGCCAACGCAGCAUAUCUGACUGGUUCAACGAUUUCGAAUAUUCUUACAUUUAUGAUCUGGAAUCAUUCUUCAAUCUUUUCCUUACUGGAUGUGUAGAAUAUGGACGCGACCCGGAUCUUCCAACGCAUAAUUUGGAUUCAUGGUGCACAAAAAACAUGCGUGAUAACAUUAAAAAUAAGGAAAAGGACACUCGGUAUAACUGCAAGGACCUAAUUAGCAACAAAUUUUCAAGUAGUUUCAUUGAUGCCAAGGAGUUGGCCAUAGAUCUGCAAAAGUUAUUGUUUGAAGAUGGUAAAUAUUAUUACCGCCAUUCCGACGACCCUAAUUUGAUGUAUAACAACAUCAUUAUGGCAUUUAAUAAAACCAUCGGAGAGAUUGAGGCUGGGAAAAUCCCAAACAGAACUUGGACUAACAAUCCGGCGGCGAGAGUAAGAUGA